AUGAACCAGUUGAAAGAAGUCUCUCAUGCUCACGGAGUAACUAGACUGCAAUGGCGACAUAUCAUUCAUCCUCCUCCACGAUAUUACUAUGUGGAUACGAACGCACAAAAACUUUGUGCCGCAGUGGCAAGGGCAAUAAUUGGCAGUGAACAAGAAGAUAUACCAAAGCAACAGGAUUAUUGCUCAGAUGCUUUUAUUUACCACCACUGGUAUCACUACCAUGUACUCUGUACUGGUGCUGUAAACCAUCAACUACUUGGUAGCCUUCAGGUAGACUUCCUUUGUUUCAGCUUAAGUAGCCACUUGAGCGAUAGCAACAGAGCGGCAAUUUGGCGUAAAACAGCCAGUUGGCGAAAGGGUGGAGAACAGGUCAACGAGCGAACGAAGACGCGCAAACAUUCCACCUCGAUUAGGGAGGUUUCUCGUCUCUACAACAAAAAACACACAACGACGAUGCAUUACCGUACGUUUCAUUUUUGCUCUCGCUUCAAUGGAGGAGAAGAGAAUAAUCACAAGAUGAGCAUGCCGCGUGUAUAUUUGGCUUCAUACCGCAAGAGCCGUCUUAAAAAUCUAGUUUAUUUGUUAUGCGCUGCUGAGGUUCUUUUCGUCUUCGUUUUCUCACUUUGGUUUAGAUCUCCUUCUGCCCACUCGGGCCACCGUACAUGCAACAUUCAAUUGCUCAGAGUCAUCCAAGGAAAAAUGCCCAUCCGGAGGGGAAUAUGGAGUGAGAAGCAGAAUUUCAACAGCAGGGAUGACCAUUGCAAAUAUAGGUUCAUAACGGACACCAACAAUCUACCAUCAAGCAUAGAUAACUCAUACUUAGGUAGGGCAUAUUCCUCGUCACAAAAAUAUCGGCAAGAAUACCGAUCUGUUGCCGUUGCACAUAAGUUCCAAUUCAUCCAACACCACCAGAACUCCGUCGAAGUCGUGCGUGAUUUCUCGGAUCUCCCUAAAAGUAUGAAAGCCCUUCACGUAAACGAAACACUCGCCAAGCGGAUUGCUAAGAAUAGCGUCAAAUUGUUUAGAGAGAGCUAUAUUACCAAAGCUCUCUGGGCUAAUUGGGCAAAUGUAUUCGAUAUUGUCAAGACUGAUAUCUUUGCAAGUAGAGGCUUGAGAUUUGAGUAUUUCCCCUUCAAAAGAAUAUAUAUUAGCUUCAAACGCCAGGCCUUUGCCUUCUUUAUAUACCCUCAUUUCAAGGUUAGAGGUAUUCGGGGUCUCUGGGCAUUACGAGUUCUAGCCCCAUUUACACUUAGAGCGUAA